AUGAAAAACAAUGAAAAUUGGGAGGAGGAAGAGGAAGAUGAAGAAGAGGAUUUGGAAUUCUCUAGAAAUUAUUUUCUAGCGAAGGAAGUACAAUCUUCGGUAAAGAAAUCAAAGCGCAAAAUUACUGACAUUGAUGUUGUUGAUGAAGAGGAACUUAGGGAAGCUGCAUUGCACAUUCAACCAAAGCAUGAAAAUGAGAUUGCUCAAUUACUGGAUUCGUAUACAGCUAUGUAUCCUGAAUGGCUUCUCUCCCUAAGCUGUGGCUUCGCUCUUCUAAUGUAUGGCUUUGGGUCUAAGAAGGCUUUGAUUGAAGACUUUGCUUUGAAGACAUUGACCGAAUAUUCUGUAGUUGUCAUUAACGGAUAUCUUCAGACCAUUAACUUAAAACAGGUUCUAAUAACUUUAGCUGAACUUCUAUGCGAUCAAGUGAAAGCCAAACGAAGGGUUUCCGGCCGGCAGCUCAAUUCUCAAUCUAUAGAAGAUCUUCUUACAAUUUUGUAUGAAGUGGAAAUAGAGGACAAGGAUAGUUUUGUUUGUGUAGUCAUUCACAAUAUUGAUGGACCAGGAUUAAGAGACUCUGAAACCCAACAAUAUCUCGCCCGACUGGCUUCUUGUACCCAUAUUCGUAUGGUUGCCUCUAUUGACCAUGUUAAUGCUCCCCUGUUUUGGGACAAAAAUAUGGCUCACACACAGUUCAAUUGGUGCUGGUAUCAUGUUCCUACAUUUGCUCCAUAUAGGAUUGAAGGAAUGUUCUAUCCUCUGAUUCUUGCACACGGCAGUGCCAGCCAAAGUGUCAAAACAGCUUCAAUAGUUUUGCAAAGUUUGACACCCAAUGCCCAGAGUGUAUUCAAAGUUCUUGCUGAAUAUCAACUUUCUCAUCCCGAUGAAGGAAUGCCAAUCAGUGAUCUCUACUCAGUCUGCCGUGAACGCUUCCUCGUUAGCAGCCAGGUUACCCUGAAUUCUCAUUUGACGGAAUUUAAAGACCACGAGCUGGUCAAAACCAAGAGACAUUCUGACGGUCAAGAUUGCUUGCACAUCCCUCUAACAACAGAAGCACUUCAAAAAGUUCUACUCGAGAUCAGUUAG